GGAAAGAAUGUACCCAGGAUGAAAGCACAGCUGCAGCUAUCUUUGCUGUUCAAAUGGAUGACUACUUAGGAGGAAAGCCUGUGCAGAGUAGAGAAAUUCAAGGAUAUGAGUCCACUGAGUUUGUGGGCUACUUCAAAGGAGGAAUUAAAUACAAGGCAGGUGGUGUUGCAUCUGGAUUUAAUCAUGUUGUUACUAAUGAUCUGAGUGCUCAGAGGCUUCUGCAUAUCAAGGGCCGGAGAGUUGUCAGAGCCACCGAAGUCCCCCUGGCUUGGAGCAGCUUCAACAGAGGAGAUUGUUUCAUUAUUGACCUUGGAACUGAAAUCUAUCAGUGGUGUGGCUCAUCAUGCAAUAAAUACGAGCGGCUGAAGGCUACUCAAGUUGGUUGGCAUUCGGGACAAUGA